CAUUAAUAAAAUGGAUAUAUGAUAAAGAUAUGAAAAAUAAAAUAAUAAGAAAAUUAUCCAGAGUAAACUAUUUAUGACAAGGAUAAUUUGAGCUUGCUGAAACUGUAUUUGAAUCUAAGUUUAUUUUAAAUUUUCAACCCCCUUAACAUCAGCAAAUAGGUUUCUUAAAUGAGCAAAUGGGAGGUUUGAAUGGGAAAGGUUGUGUUUGGCUUUAUAACCGAGUUUCCUUGUGUCGCUGUUGUGCGGGUGAACUUGUGAAGUGAGGAAAUUUAAAAAAACAGGACAUAGAAUAAAGAAAAUGAAUGAAGAAGCAUAGAGUGAGAGAAAAGGACCAAACAGGCGAAAAGAAGCAGAAGAAUUCAAGUCAUUCGGAGCCUAAUCGUUGGAAUCUGACUAAAAAAUCAUUCGGACCGUUAAUUCAAACGCAAAAACCUUCUUUUUCUAAUCCUCUUCCCUCUCCUCCCCUAUUACGCUCACCGCCAACCUUCCCCUUCUCUUUGGCCGCCGUCCUCAUCCUGCGCCAGCGCCACCAUUUCUUUGUCUCGAUCCCCCGUUCUCUUCGCUGAUGGUCAUCAAGGCACCUCUUCGUUUCUUCCCAUGCGCCGUGGCCGACGCCGUGAACUUCUUCUCGCUUCUGCUCUCCACCCGCUGCUGUUUCCCUUAUCUGAUUGGCUCCUUUUCUUCCAUCGUUCUCCUCCUCUGUCUUAUGUGAGCUUCUAUCCCGCCUGCUCGCCCAUCCUGUUAUGAACAAAUGUACCUUUUACCUCCGUCAACUUCAUAUCAAAUGAGAUGAUAAUAAGAAGAAGAAUAUCAACAACUUUGCUUCCGCCUUUGAACCAACUCCUUCGCCGCCUUCACACUCUUCCCACCACGAAUCCCAUUUUUUCAGAUUAUUACAACUUUUCUGAUGCUGAAUCCUUUAACAAUUACCACGCUUACCUUUCUCUCCUCCAAUCAUUUGUCUCGCGGAAGGCCAUCGGACCUGGGAAGCAGCUACACGCUCGUCUACUACUUUCUAACCUUGGCUUUGACACAGUUCUUGCUACGAAGCUUGUCAAUCUCUACUCAGUUUGCAACCAUCUCCCAUACGCCCACAGCCUGUUCGAUAGAAUUCCUAAACGAAACAUCUUCUUGUGGAACAUUCUUAUUCGUGGCUACGCAUGGAACGGCCCUUUUGAAUCCGCUGUAUCGCUCUACUACCAAAUGCUGGACCAUGGGAUCCUACCUGAUAACUUCACUUUCCCAUUUGUCCUCAAGGCCUGCUCAGCCCUCUCCGACAUUGAUAAUGGUAGGGAAAUCCACAAGCUUGCAGUGCUCACGCGAUGGGAGCUAGAUGUCUUUGUGGCUGCUGGGCUUAUUGACAUGUAUUCGAAGUGCAGUUCCGUCGUUGAUGCCCGGAGGUUGUUUGACAGAAUCUUGAACAGAGAUGUUGUCCUUUGGAACUCGAUGAUUGCUGCAUACUCACAAAAUGGACAUCCUUCAGAGGCUCUAUCCCUGUUCCGCAAAAUGGCAUUGGAAGGCUUCAAACCUUCAGUGGCAACUCUUGUGACAGUGAUUUCAGCUUCAGCUGAUGCAGCUGCUCUGUUGAGAGGAAGAGAAAUUCAUGGGUUUAGUUGGAGGAUGGGAUUUUCCUCAGCAGACAAGGUAAACACCGCUCUUGUCGAUAUGUAUGCGAAGAGUGGUUUUGUUCAGCUUGCCCGUGUUCUAUUCGAACAACUUGUUGAAAAAAGAGUUGUUUCUUGGAAUGCCAUGAUUUCGGGCUAUGCCAUGCAUGGCCAUGCUGAUGAAGCUCUAGCGCUGUUUGAUAAGCUGAGAAAGGAAGCUAUUCUGCUUCCUGACAACAUUACAUUUGUUGGAGUUUUAUCAGCUUGUAGUCGUGCUGGCCUGUUGCAUGAAGGACGAAGAUUCUUUGAUUCCAUGCUGCAAGAUUUCUCAAUCAAGCCUACAGUGCAGCAUUACACUUGCAUGAUUGAUCUCCUUGGUCAUGCUGGAAGAUUGGCAGAAGCUCACCAACUUAUUAAGGAGAUGCCCAUGAAGCCAGACUCUGGAGUUUGGGGUGCUUUAUUGAAUGGAUGCAAGAUUCAUGGGGAUAUUGAAUUAGGAGAGAAGGCACUGAGGGAGUUAAUAGAGUUGGAGCCUGAUGAUGCUGGAAACUAUGUCAUUCUAUCGAACAUCUAUUGCCAGACUAGGAAUUGGGAAGAAGCAGCUAAGAUAAGAAAGAGGAUGACAGAUAGAGGGUUGAAGAAGACUGUAGCUUGUAGCUGGAUAGAAGUCAAGAACAAGGACCAUGCUUUUCUUGUUGGGGAUCUUUCUCAUCCUCAAUCCAAGGAGAUAUAUGGGGAGCUAGAAAUAUUGGAGGGGCUCAUGCAACAGGCAGGUUAUGUACCAGAUACAAUGCCUGUGUUCCAUAAUGUGAGUGAUGAUGAGAAGAGGAACAUGGUUAGAAGCCAUAGUGAGAGGUUGGCUAUUGCAUUUGGGCUGAUCAGUACUCCACCUGGGACAAAGCUUAUGGUUAAGAAGAACAUUCGAGUCUGUGAGGACUGUCACGUUGCUAUAAAGUUCAUUUCACAGAUUGUGAAUCGGGAGAUCAUAAUAAGAGAUGUUAAUCGUUAUCAUCACUUCAAGGGUGGCCAUUGUUCUUGCCUGGAUUAUUGGUAGCUUGGUUGGCUUAAUGGUGAUUUAGUAGCAUUUACGAAACUUGACCUAAUAUUUGUCCGCUAAACUUUGAGACUGAAGGAUGGAUCAACUUUAUAAAUGUUGCAUUGCCAAAUCGAGGAUUAGGAUCGGUAUACAUUCUUCAUCUAGCUCAUCUGUUCAGGAAAAUCAAAGCUGCAGCAAUAACUCAUACCAGCUUUUGAAAGUUGACGAUCAUCUUCUGCAUUUAUCCUAAAAGUUUACUGCACAUCUCCAAGUUUGAUCUCAAUAGCCAGCAGAACUGACAACUUGAGGCCCUCAGUCAAGUCAUUACCCGUUGUUGCUUGGACCCUUGGGUCUCUUCUGGUGGUGCUUUGGGUGGCUCGUGUGGCUGUGAGAUUUUGGUUUUUCUUGGUGCUCUGAUAGUUUUGUUUUGUUGCCUUAUUUUCUUUUGUUUCUCUUGUAAUAGGUAGAACGUCAGCUCGUAGUAUUUUUUCAAAGUUUGUUCUUUUAGAGAGCUGGUUGUUCUUUAAAGUUUGUAAUUUUCUUAUAGUUAUCGAGUUACCCCUUUGCGAGUUUUAUUAAAAAAAAAAAAAAAACUCUGCUAGCGGAUAAAAGCUUACUCACAAUUAGAUGCACCGUUGGUUCAUUUAGGAGAACAAUGCAAAACUUAUUUGAUGCAAUUCUCU